ACCUCCUACAGAUUACCUGCCUUGUCCCAACUAAAUCUCUUAAUAAAAUUCGAACUCAAAUUUUCCAACCGCACAUUUCUUCACUCGUUAUCGUUUUAGACACAAAAAUACAAGAAUAAUGUCUCCGACUUCCCUGCUAAUUUUUACCCAAUUAUUUUCCUUCCUCCCGGCCGCGAAACCUGCUCCUCCCUUUCCAUCCACAACUAACACACUCCCAUCCAGGGACGAAUUAUCGCUUCUACACGAAAAGGCGGAGGAACUCGUCAAAUUGUACCUCGAUUUCAUAUCUUACGAGCAGAAGUUGGACGAUUUUCUGGCACAUUUUGAGGACAAAUUCCGCCUCUAUGAGUCCGUUGCUCGUGAUCUUCCCAAAGUCCUUUCAUCCUGCGCGGGAAUACUUGAACGGAUUUUCCAACUGAAAGACAACCUGAAAAACGGUGGCCCUUUGCAUUUAUCGAAACUCGAACUCAAUAAAAUUGAGAAAGAUCGGACAAAAAUAAGGGUCAUGGGUACGCAAUUGAAUCAAAAAAUGUUUACGUCAAGCCCUGAGUGGUGGGCCAGGGAGCUAGAAGAUUCCAAUAAACUCCAAGAGUUUGCCGACAUUAGCGAGAAGAUUAAGGACUACUCUAACAUGACCACAAAUUCUUACGCCGCCCUCAGAGACUAUAUAAAUUUUCUCGAUGAACCAGAGGGCAAAAACGCACACAGGAACGGAACCCUUGAAAAUAUUUAUAAUAUAUCUUCACUGGAAGAAGUCACAAAGAUGUUUGGACACGCUGCAAAUCUAGCCUCUGCGUAUGAACAUCUUGCACAGAAUCCAGUCAACCAAGAUCCUAUCCAAGAUGGAGCACUAUACCAGAAUGAGACAUUUUUUAAGACCAGGGGAGAACUUAAGUUCCUUGUGGAAACCUCAAUUCCAACAUUGAUUCAGGAAAAUAUACAAGAAUUGCUAAAGUUUCAACCCGUCAUGAAUAGCUUGAUGACCAGGUGUAAUGACAAGAUGGAGAAGCUGGAUGAUUUGAUACGCAAACUGGAUAAAACUCGAGGCAAGAAUAUGCGUUGGGGUUGGCUUUAUAACACCUGCGACCAAGCAGCUGUGGGAUUUCUACUCUUUAACGGCUGGAAUGGCAUAUUUAAACUUGUGUUCUUCACGCUACGAGAUCAGCGAGUAUUGUAAUUACUCGAGACGGCUUGACUACAAAUUCAGGUUGAAAGGGAAAUACCUACAAGUUAAGCUCCUUUAUUAGUUCGACCAUCAUAUAGUAUUUGUUGUUUAAUUAUUCUUUAAUUCAAGUUGUAUGUCCUAUUCUCGGUAAAUUUCAAAAAUUUCAAAAAAAAGUUAUUUAAGUUAUUAUUAAUAUUAGAGAGGUAGUGAUGUACCCUCUUGUCCUGCGUAUUUACGUUGAUAUUUAGUGAGUAAAAGUAAUCAAUAUUUAGUCGUUGUCAUUGUAAUCGUGAAACGUCGUUUAGGAUUUAUUUAUAGAUUUUAUAAAAUUAAUCGGUAACAACACGGGCAGUGCGUUGUAUACGCAGAAUUGUGCUAAGAAAUAAUUCAUCACAUAAAUACCAUGCUGUGAAAUGUUGAGAAAUAUUUUGUAGAACAUGUAUGCGUUAAUUACUGCAGGUUGUUUUCCACUUUAUUUAAUUCAAGAUAAGUAUAAUGA